AUGUCUGGAGGUGUUGAACUUGAUCUUGUUUGUGGAGAAAGUGAUGCCGAUGAAUUUUCAUCAUCAUCAAAAUCCAAACAAACUCGAAAUGUAUUCAUUGAAGAAGACCAAGUAUUUGCAAAUGAUGGUGUUGAUGAUGAUGAUGAAAUCGCAAUAAUAGAACCAGUAAAUUCUAAAACAUCAGAUGAAAAUCUAAUAACUCAAACAUCAAUUGAAAAUGAUUAUUCAAAUACAAUUGAAACUAUUUUCAGUGAUAAAACGAAAGACAAUUCUGAUUAUAAUGGUAAACGUCGAAAAACUGAAAAUUUAAAUGAAGAACUGAUUCAAAACGAAUCAAAUUGUAUUGAAAUGGACCCUUCCAGUGGUAGAACAAAACACGAAAAUGAUUCUAAUGGAAAUGAACAGCGUAAAGCAUCAAAUGCACCAACAUUAAUGAUAACAGUGAAAAAUGAAAUGGCUCAACCAAUUCGUGAACAGACAAUUCCAACAACUGAUUCUACUGAAACUGCUACACUUCGACAUAUAUUCAGUGAUGCUGCUUAUUAUUUAAUUAAAAGUGUUAAUGAAGAAAAUAUUGGAUUGGCUAAAGCUAAAGGUGUAUGGUCAACACCACCAGCAAAUGAACAUAAACUAAAUCGAGCUUUUCGAGAUCAUCGAAAUGUAAUUUUAAUUUUUUCUGUAGCUGAAAGUAAAGCGUUUCAAGGUUUUGCUCGUAUGUCAUGUGAAGCACGUCAUGAUAGUCAGCCUGUUAAUUGGGUAUUACCACCCGGCAUGAGUAAUCGUGCUUUUUCAGGUGUUAUUUAUAUUGAUUGGAUAACUUGUCGAAGUUUACCAUUUAGUAAAACAUCACAUUUGUUCAAUUCAUGGAAUGAGAACAAACCGGUUAAAAUAGGACGUGAUGGUCAGGAAAUUGAACCACGUUGUGCUGAAGCAUUAUGUCGUUUAUUUCCAUCCGAUCCAACCAUUGAUAUAAUGUCAAUAGCAACAAAAGCGAAAAAUAAUAAAAAGCGUUGUUCAUCUCGAUCGCAAUCACGUUCACCAUUAUCGACAAAUGUUUCUACAUUACUACCGAUAGAAACUUCUUCAUCAUUAAUAAUUAAACGUCAAAUAUCAAAAGAUCGUAAUCAUCAUCCGUUAUCAAAUAAUAAUAACAAUAAUAAUAAUAAUAAACAUCGACCAGCAUCAUCAGAUCUUUCAUCUCGUCAUCCACCAAAUCAUUAUCGUCAUCGAUCACCUUCAAAUCAUAUUCGUCAUAGACAUCAACAAUCAAGAAGUCGAGAACAUGAAACAAAAGAUAUAUCACGAAAACGACGGCGAUCAAGAUCAUCACAUUCCGAUCGUGGUGGUAACAAUAGUUCAAAUCGAAAACAUUUACAUCGUAAUAAUAAUGAUCAGUCAUCAUACAAUAAUACUAACAAAACGAUGACAAAGAUUAUUAGUAGUGGAACAUAUGAAGAAUAUAUGAAUCAUUUAGCUGCAACUCAUGCACAAUAUGGUGGAUUUAGUGCGGCUAUGUUUCCAUCUGGAGGUUAUCCUAUGGCUUAUGAUCCAGCUGCUUUUUAUCCAGUAGGAUAUGAUCAUCGUGGUAUGCCAAUAUCAAUGCAUGCAGGAGGUUAUGAAAUUCCAAUGGAUAUGUAUUAUCCUCAACCGACCACUUCGAUGCCAUCUCGUUCUCGAAAUUUAACUGAUUAUGAACAAGAAAUCAAUGCAUUUCUUCGUCAUACAACAGCCUCGUCUUCUUAUCAAAAUAAUGAUAAGAAUUUAAAAUCUCAUCGAAGUCAUCAUCAUCAUCGAAAUGAAGAUAACUAUCAUUAUAAACCUUCAUCUCGACAUCGUUCAAAAUCACGUGAACAUCGUCAUUAA